GCUAAACAUUUUAUGUGAGGACGCCCAUCGAGGGCUCAACGAUGUGACAGUAGGACAGACAUAACGCGCUUAGGGCUGGGCAGGAAGGCAUCUGAAAGUCAACGAGUGUGGACGUUGGGAGUUGGGCCCCUUAAAAGUCAAAAUGCCAGCUCAUGUGUAUAUCCGUUAAUUGCCUGCGAGUCCUCGCUCGGGUCAAAAUUAACCUAUGAUCGGUCUCGGGCUCUUCCACGUAGUUCCCCAGAGCCUCCCGAGCCUUUAGGAAGAACACUGGCAAGAUGGCAACCAUAGCGAAACGACCCAAGGUCGAUGACGGUUCAGAGAUCAAUCCGCUGCAGGACUUUCUCCAGUGGUGCAACAGAGUCGGCUUGGUGCUCAGCAGUAAGGUGUGUGUAAGUAAAGAGGGAACAGUGGCCGAGUACGGGAUGCUGGCUGGAGACGACAUAGAGGAGGGAGAGGUUGUAUUCACCAUCCCCAGAUCAGCUCUUCUCCACCAGGAAACAACCAAGGUCUCGGUCUUGCUGGAGAAAGAGAGGUCAUCUCUGGAGAGCUCGUCUGGCUGGGUGCCCCUUCUGCUGGCUCUGCUGUAUGAGUAUACAUCUUCACAGUCCCAUUGGAAACCCUACCUCUCUCUGUGGACUGACUUCAAGACACUGGACCACCCCAUGUUCUGGUCGAAAGAGGAGAGAGACAAACUAUUGAGGGGAACGGGCAUUCCAGAGGCCGUGGACACAGACCUGGCCAACAUCCAGAGGGACUACACAGACGUGGUCCUUCCCUUCAUCGCCAAGCACCCAGACCUGUGGAACCCCGACACACACACACUGGAGCUGUACACAAAGCUGGUGGCCUUCGUCAUGGCCUACAGUUUCCAAGAGCCACAAGAAGAGGAGGAUAGCGAAGACGAUGAUGAGGAGGACGAGGAGGAGAAGGCACCAAACCCACCGAUGAUGGUUCCCAUGGCCGACAUGCUGAACCACGUGUCCAAUCACAAUGCCAAUCUGGAGUUUACACCGGACAGUUUGAAGAUGGUUUGCGUGCGCCCGAUUUGCAAAGGCGAGGAGGUGUUUAACACUUACGGGCAGAUGUCCAAUUGGCAGCUGCUGCACAUGUAUGGCUUCACGGAGCCUUACCGGAACAAUGGCAGUGACACCGCUGACGUCCCCGUCGCCAACCUCUACAAAGUCGCCACGCAAGGUGUUCAGUCUGAACCGGACCGGCAGCUGGUGGAGGAGCAGUGGGAGAUGCUGUGUCAGAUGAUGCGAGAGAAAGGAUCCUUCGUCUUUGGCAAACAGGGCUGCCUCACAGACACAGAGCUACAUACUGCGCUCAAGAUGAUGUGCAUGUCAAAGGAGGAGUUCUCAGAGUUCAAGGAUAACGAAGGGUGGGAGGAAGAUGAGGAGGACGAGAUUCCCCUCGCUUUCUCCAACGAGGGCAUCCCCGGAUUGAAGGCUUCGUGGAAACGCCUCAUUCAUGAAGCAGCCCGUCUGACCGUGAGGUCCUACGGAGACGUGGAGGGGGGACAGGGUGUGAAGAGCGACCAGGCGCUGAUGGAGGACACGGCAGCGUUUGAAGGACUGGGCAGCAGGAAGCAGAAUGCCCUGCAGGUACGCUGUGGACAGAAGAGCAUCCUGCACAGACUAAUGGAGCUCACCCAAUCAUGACUGACCGCAGCACUGAGGCAGACCGCUGGGGGAGGUUGUUUUUUAUAUCAAUGGUGAAAAUUAAAUAUCAAAUUGCUGUCAAUAAAUGUUUUUCCUGAAGACGGACUUGAUUUUCAGCAGUCCUUGUUUUGCAUUCCUGAUGAUUUCAUACCUAAAGUUAACCGGUGCAGAUAUCAGUAGCCAUUUAUAGUUUGAUGGGCAACAUUUUCCAGUCUUCGGAUCCUUUUUAGGCACGACAGAGCCCUCUGGAGACAAAUCUAGGCCAAUAGCUUUGAUCAUCUGAA